GACGGAUCCACAAGACGAACUGGCACAGUUCUUCGGGGAAGUACAGACGGAACCGAUGGGAGGGGGGGGGGAGCCAGCAACAAACGGCGACGGCCUCCUCCGGGCAACCACCACCGCGAGACACGACGAGGAGAUCAAGAUCUUGAAGCAGGACCACUCCAUCGUGAUGUUUCUUCGGCCGGGAGAGAAUCAGAUGUUGUCGCACCUCUACAACACAGCCAAACUGUUCAAGCAGAAACAGCAGGCCAAUCCCACAUGGGCUCCGGGCCAGCAACCCUUGAAACUGGUCAUGGCAGUGGCAAUGUUUACAAAGCUAGGGGUGAGACUGGAGAAAACUUGUUCGGACGAGGCCCUCGCAAAGAAGGUGCAGGAACUAGGCUGGCGGGAUCCGACGGUGGGAUGGAAGUUUCAGUACUGGAACAACAACUUACGUUGCCUUCAGGAGGACACCACACGUACACCGUUAACGGAUCAGGCCAUUGCCCAGCAUCUGAAGAAGCUGGUGGAAGUGCUGGGUCAGCCGGAUGUUGUGCAUCGCUUUGCAUGCACACGUCGCAUGUCGGACACCAUGGAAUCCACGGCAACCUUCUUACUGGACCUCACAACAAGGACACCAGCCAGCUUGGAAGCCUGGCACUCCCUUCAGGCUCUACAAGGGUGCACUCUUCUACAGUUGGGAGGCAUGGCUUACAAGAAAGAGAGCUUCAAGCCGAGCCCAGCCAUCCAGAAGCUGAAGGAAAUGAUCCGCGGGCUUUGA